AUGAGCACGCGAGCUCUAACGCCGACCUCCAUCACCAACUUCAGCCUGGUCCAGAGCAGACAUACCGCAAGGCUCGUCACUUGCAAUGCCGCAACAUCCGCUCACAUUAUAACCGGAUGUUCUGUUCAAGUACGAAUGUUCUGGGGCCGAGGCUGGAAGUAUGCCUGGUAUAACAACCAACACAACCGAGUAAACCGACGAGAUGUCUUACACGAUAUGGCAAAAGCCUAUCGUGGAAAAUAUGUGCUCAUCAAACGAAUGGCGAACCGCAGGUCGGGACGACAAGAAUUCUGGAAAGACUGGGAUAAUAGUCCGAAGCAGUCACAUCAUGAACGAGGGGAUAACUGGCUCUACUCAAAAAGGCAACGAAAUUAUUGGAACGAUGAUAUGAGUGCGCUCGUGAAGAAGAUUGAGGAGGAUCCGUAUAACUUCCUCUUUGGGAAGAGUAAUGAGUAUUUGCGACUAGGGAAGGGCUGGUCCUCGUUUUGUCGUUCGUUUUUGGAUCCUGAGGCGUCUUCGGAACAGAAAUCGACUACGUCUUCGGUGCAGGAUCACUCGGUGAAGAGCACGACUGCUGAUGUAUCUGCAAAAGAUUCGGAAGUGGGGAAAGAUAGCAAGGCUGAUACAGUGAAGGCGAGAAUUUCUUCUGAUGUUGAGGGCUUUCAGUACGACCCUGUUAGUGGUCGAAUGAAGCGCUUAGAGCAGUCAGCGACACAGGUAGCACGAGACGAGACGAGAGAUGAUAAUCGAGGAAUUGAUAUUCCGGUCAAAGUCUUCACAAGUUCUGAAGGAGCGAGACUUGAGCGUACCGUUCCUGAACAAGGAUCUCUCAGACCUAGAGACGAUGCACUAUCAGCGCCAGAGCGCAAGCCACAGGCCAACAAUGAUAACGUCCUGUACAUGGCAGGUCCAGGACAAGACAAAUCCGUCACAUCAGAAGACCGGUCAACAGCGCCGAAUGAGAAUCUUCAACAGUCAGAGAUCACUCAAAACCGGGAGAAGAAGAUACUGCACUACGAACCCAAAGAAGUGACAGAAGACGAUGUGGACUUGCUUCGUGCAAGCGACAUCCGGGCAGCCUUCUUUGCCGGCGAGACAAAGCAAGAAGUGGCCGAGAAAAAGAAGAAGCUCAGGGAGGCUAUGGAAAAGGAUUAUACGUUGACUACUAGCGAGCAUGUUGACGAGUUGAUACUGCAAAAUCUGAGGCGAAAGAAAGAUGCUAGCCUUGCAAGCGAGACUGUUCCUGGUAUUGCAUCCCCAACAGGUGCGGUGCAAGUUCACAAUGAAGACCCAGAGGUUGUUCAGGAAGGGGAAACAAGAAAUACAACUACGAGAGAGAACGUCACCAUACUUAAUAACUCCAUCGGCAAGACUCUCGAAGACGCAAGACGUCUUAUCAACGAUGUCCAUCUCCUCACCGACGAUAUACAAGAAGCAUGCGAGAGACUGGAAGCAUCUGCAAAUUCUCCUUCGGAUACAUUACGUAUUCUGGCAUUUGACUGUGCCAGUUCUCAGGUUGUCUGCGCCGAAGCGACUUCGUCAAUGCAUACAGGGGAGCCAAUCCGCCAUACAGCAGAUGUACUACUACGAUUAAACAAUCCAGCAAAGUUUCUACCAUACUUUGCCAAAAUGAAGGCAGAUGGAUACGAGAUUGUUUCGGGGGGUGGUGAUGUUCUCAUAUUCAGGAAGACAGUCACUAAUGGGUCUGUCCAACCUGCUGGAUUUGAUGGCUUCACUCUAGAUGGCAAGGAGAUACCCGACACCGACGCACCGAUUCCUGAGAAAGGCGAUUCCCCACCGCAGCUUUCUCUAGAUAAAGACCCGUCAAAAUCAAGACUAGUACACAGACAAGAGAUUGUUUUUACAGGUGGCCCUCCAAACUGGUCACCCUAUGAACCGCCAUCCUCUAAUCCAGUCGCUGGAACAAUUGAACCGCAACCAACCGAGACCUCUACCAGAUCACCUUUCUCAAGAUUAGGCAGAGGCCUCCGUCGCAUCGUCUUAAGCGGUGUUGCAACCGCAGGUACAUUCUAUGCUAUUGGGGUUGUAUGCGAAUAUUUUGUGACAGGUGGUCAAGAUGGUCUGGGUCCGGAGGGAUUUACUGAAUUUGAAGCUGAGCGGCGACGAAGGGAGUACUAA